AUGGCAAACGUAUUCGGUUCGACUGUCAGUUUUGUUAUCAACCCAUCGAUCGUGUCUAAACCCUCGAAUUUACCUUACUUGCUCUAUUUUCAUCUUACUCUAGCACUUGUGGCUGGCGUUCUUACCUUAGUCUACUUUCCUGCUCAGCCACCCAAGGCGCCGUCACCUGCAGCUGAAGUACUCAUGAGCAUAGAAAAUAACAAUCCUGAUUCAGGAUUCAAAGCUUACAUGAAAGGUCUUCGACAAUGUAUAAUGAAUCCUUCAUUUCUUCUACUUGCAAUAGUCGGUGGUGUUAUGACUGGUACAUUCGGAGUAUGGACUUCAUUGUUUUCCACAAUUCUUGCUCCUGAAAAUUAUACUGAACAACAAGCCGGUGAGUUUAGAAUGUGUGCAGGUGUGACUGUCCAUUUUAGAAGUUAUUUAGGCAUUACUGAAAAGGUGAUACAUUGUUGUCUUCAUUCUCUGAAAUAUUGGGUUCAUGUACAAUCUUCUUAUUUAGAAAGAAAACCAAUAGUGUUUUGUAAUGAAACAAUCGUAAAGCCUCUGGCACGAUGUACAACUGAGAAACAUUAG